AUCUACUGGACUUCUGGAGAAUCGCCGUCAGUUUUCAAUAUCACAGAGAUUCAAUUCAAAGAAUAAACUAAAACUCAUCGAUCCUAUGUGAGAAAGAUGAAGCUAUUUGCGAUAGCAAUAUUCUCUAUCGUGUUGAUGAACAAAUACGUUGUGUCGUUGACUCCACCAAAAUUAAACAGAUCGGAGCUGAUCAAGUAUGUAAGUGCUGAUACAAAAAUUGCAGACAGUAUCUUGCGUGACUACGAUAAACGUUUUAUACCAAUUAUAUCAGGUCCUUUGACAGUGAAACUCCAAAUUGUGAUAGCAAAUAUUCUUAAAAUAGCCAACAUGGAGGCUGAGAUAAUUAUCUUUAUAAGACAAACAUGGUAUGAUUAUCGACUCUCGUGGAAUGGAACGAAGAGGAUAAAAGUUCGAGAACACUUUUUAGAUAAAAUAUGGAUUCCAGAUGUUCGCAUCAGAAAUUUAAAAGACAUUAAACGAUUCCCAGGACUCGGUGGAGUAAACAUGAACAUUUAUCCAGACGGUCGAGUGUAUUUAAGUCAAUUAGUUCACAUAGAAGCAAGCUGUUCUAUGGAUUUGCGUAGAUUUCCAAUGGACAGGCAAACUUGUUUUCUCAAUUUUUCGUCUUUCGCCUAUGGAAAGUCACAGCUAAACUUUACAACGUCAGGGAAGAAGGUUGACGUACGCUACUAUCACCUUCCACAGUUUGAGUUGGUUCAUGCUACAGACUUUCUGGAAAAAAGUGGAAGCAAGUUCACAGUUUCCCUCACUUUUCAACGACGUGCAGGUUAUUAUAUACUUCAAGUGUAUAUACCGGCUUCAUUUCUUGUCGUACUUUCAUGGCUUGCAUUUCUCAUGGAAUCGUCAAAUAUCACGGAUCGUCUUACAUUGGAGAUCACCAUGAUUCUGUCGGCCGUUUUUCUCCUCGGCAGUAUCAAUAAUGGUGUUGCUCAGGUGUCCUACACAAAGGCUUCGGAUCUGUUUGUCAUCGUAAGCUUUGCUUUUAUUUUUUUUGCAUUAUUGGAAACAAUGUUGGUCUAUCGCAUUUGUCGGCUGUCUCAGAAAGAAUCAACGAAAAUUAGUGACGUCGUUACAAGCUCACUUGAUAAGCAGCUAAAAUCGUGCAACGAAAACCUCGCCUAUGAUCAUAAUAAAGAAACUUCUGUGACCAACUCUGUUGAUCCACUUCGAAUGCCAGCUUAUGAAGAGAACAACGAUACCAUAAACACCAACAUAACGGAGAAAAAGAAAUCAUCAAAUGUUUCAUCUUUGAUCAAUAGCAUCAGUUUGGUUUUAUUCCCCCUUGCAUACAUUGGAUUCAACAUUGGAUAUUGGAGCUAUUAUCUAAUGAUCGAUGUUAAAGGCGAUUAUUUAUCUUCUGUUUUGCUGAUAAAGAAAAACAAACGCCAAACGUCUUUUGCACGAAAGAUGAAGUUUUUUGUGGUAGCAAUAUUCUCUUUCGUGUUGAUGAACAAGUUCGCUGUCUCGUUGACUCCACCAAAAUUAAACAAAUCAGAGCUAAUCAAGUAUAUAAGUGCUGAUACAAAAAUCGCUGACAGUAUCUUGCGUGACUACGAUAAACGCUUUAUACCAACGAUAUCAGAUCCGUUGACAGUGGAACUCCAAGUUGUGAUAGAAGACAUUCUUAAAGUAGCCAACAUGGAGGCUGAGAUGAUUAUCUUUAUAAGACAAAUAUGGUAUGAUUAUCGACUCUCAUGGAAUGGAACGAAGAGAAUAAAAGUCAGAGAACACUUUUUAGAUAAAAUAUGGAUUCCAGAUGUUCGCAUCACGAGUUUAAAAGAAAUUAAGCAAUUUCCAGGACUCGGUGGAGUAAAUAUGAACAUUUAUCCCAACGGGAGAGUGUAUUUAAGUAAAUUAAUCCACAUUAGAAUAAAUUGUCCAAUGUAUCUACAAAGAUUUCCAAUCGACUGGCAAACUUGCCUUCUCAAUUUCAAAUCUUACGCUUAUGAUAAUUCAAAGCUAAACUUUACAACGUCAUCAAAAAAGGUCGAAGUACGUCAUCAUCACCUUUCGCAGUUUGAGUUUGUUGGCUCCAAAAAGAUCCUGAAAAACAAAGGCAAUAUUUCAACGUUUACAGUUUUUCUGAAAUUUCGAAGACGUGUGGGACACUACAUACUUCAAGGUUUUUUACCGGCUACAUUUCUUGUCGUACUUUCAUGGCUUGCCUUUCUUAUUAAGUCGUCAAAUAUCUCGGAUCGUCUUACAUUGGAGAUCACGAUAAUUUUGUCCACCGUUGUUCUUCUCGACAACAACAACGAUAAAAUUGUUCAGGUGUCCUACGUCAAGGCUCUUGAUUUGUUCAUCAUCGUUUGUUUUGGUUUCAUCUUCGUCGCCUUAUUGGAAACAAUGUUGGUGUAUAGACUUUGGAUUCUGGCCCAGAGAGAAUCAACGAAAACUAGUGACGUUGUUGCUAGUUCCCUUGACAAGAAGCUAAAGCCUCCCAACAAACACCCACCACGUGAGGAUGAGAAAAAAAUCACCGUGAACAACAACUUCAGCGAUCCACUUCAAAUCUCAUCUUAUGAAGAGAACAAUGGUACCAUAAACAUCAAAACAACAGAACAAAAAAAAUCGUCCAGUGCUUCAUGUUUGAUGGACAAAAUCAGCUUGGUGUUGUUCCCCCUCGUAUUCAUAGGAUUCAACAUUGGAUACUGGUACCAUUUUCUUAGUUAAAUUUUGUUAUUUAAAGAGAAGUUUGUCCAGCGUAUGCUCAUUAUGAUUAGAGCAGGACUGUGCAAAGGUACAUAUAUAACUCAGAAAAUUUCGUGCUCCCUGCAUUGCUAAAUAAAUCAAAAACUUCAUGAUGUUGACAAUAUAAUAAAAUGAUCACGAACAUUAA